AUGAUUAUUUCCUGUUUCCGGCCGGAGCGAAAACAGAGCGGUACCGCUUGCGUGUCUGUGGAAACGCGUGAUUCAAGACAGUCGCGCGCGUGGUUUAGUUGCGUGUUUUUACUGUGAACAACGAGAAGUUCAGUUAGUACCGGAGAAUCGUUCACGGGAUCAAGAGAACCGGACCGGUGAACCGAAUCAUUUGUGUAAAUUAGUUUAAGCGUGUGACGGAGAGAAUCGUUCAUCCGCCGCUCAUCAUCAUCAUCCAGCUUUAUUAAGGUCCGCUGCUGAUCUCCAGGAUGGUCGUGUUCACGUGUGACUCCUGCGGAGAGUCCGUGAAGAAAGCUCAGGUGGAGACGCACGUGCUGAAGUGCCGCUCGUGUCAGGUUCUGUCCUGCAUCGACUGCGGCAAAGACUUCUGGGGCGACGAUUACAAGAACCACAUCAAGUGCAUCAGUGAAGAUCAGAAAUACGGCGGUAAACACUUCCAGCCGAAGGAGAACAAAGGCGACGUGAAGCAGCAGCAGUGGAUUCAGAGGAUCCAGCAGGCCAUGGAGCGGCCCGACAUCGAGCCCGGCGUGUGGAAGGUCCUGCAGAUGGUCAGCACUCACAGUAACGUGCCCCGCAAGAGAGCCAAGUUUGAGAACUGGAUGAAGAACUGCUUGAAGAUCCGCACACAACCUUUAAUGGAGAAGGUCUGGGAGAUUUGCUCGUCGGCGGCCGACGGCAACGGCCACCAAACCAACCAUCAGACGAGUGAAGAUCGAACCGACCUGAACGACGGCACUGAGACGAACAAAAACGAAAGAGAAGAGCGUAAAAAUAAGAACAAGAAAAAGAGAGAGACUUCAGAUGAGAAUUCAGAGGAGCAGAACGGAGAAAACACAGAUGAGAAACAGACGAGAAAAAAGAGGAAACGAGAGGAGAAAGAACAGAACGGACAGAACAAAGAUGAAAAGAGCAGCAAAAAACAGAAGAAAAGAAAACAGGAGGCGUUUGACGAGAGUCUAAAUCCAGAGGGGGAGGAGCCAGAGAACCAGGAGUCUGAGUCGAACUCUACAGGGAAGUUUAAUUGGAAAGGGACGAUAAAGGCGGUUCUGAGAGACGCUCCGGAGGACGGAAUCGCGGUCAAGAAGCUCCGCAAGAAGGUUUUAGCGGCGUAUUACUCAUUCUCUGGAGACUCAAACUUCAGAUCGGAAGAGGAACUUCUGUCUCUGUUCAACAGGAAGCUCAACAAAAACCCAAAGUUUAGGGUCCUCAAAGACAGAGUCAGACUGGUGAAAUGACGGACGCUGUUCUGCAGUGUCUUCAUCAUCAUCUUAAUAAACGGUGUGAGUGAA